UCACGCUCGCUGAGUGGCUGAAGCGCUUUUCGUGCGCUCGAGCUGCAGAUGUCUCGAUCCUCGCGAAGCUGCUGGAUGUGUACGGACCCUGCGCGCUUCUCUUUACGGACGCUCUCUGAAAUAUCGCUUUCUUCUGGAUUGUUAUUCAGUUCUGAUGUUUCUAAAUUGCUCUCCGAUGCAGAGAAAUGGGUAAACUUCAUUCCAAACAUGCUGGUAUUUGUAAAGCGAGGGAGAGCCCUGAAGGCGAUAGUUUUGUAGUUAACGCAUGUCUGGCGAGGAAAGGACUGGACGAUUGGAUGGUUAAACAGAAGUAUUACUGCUCGAGUUCUCGCGUAGAUCAACAGGACUGCCAACAGAAAGAUACCUGCGGACUGUCUCAUCGGAACCCAUUGGAUGAAGGUUGUGCAGAGGGUAUCAGUGAUGAUAACUAUCAUUUAGAAGUGGCCCUUCCCCCUGAGAAGACUGACAGCUACAGUGCUGAAGAGAGAAUGCAGGACACUGAGGGGUCUGUCCCUGUCGGACCACACAAACAACUACAGUUUGAGGAGUUAGAGUGUGCUGUAUCAGUAGAGGAAGAUAACAGGCAGGAGUGGACUUUCACCCUUUACGACUUUGAUAACAAUGGCAAGGUCACAAGAGAGGACAUCACCAGUCUCCUGCACACUAUAUACGAGGUGGUGGACGCUUCAGUGAAUCACUCUCCCAGCAGCAGUAAGACCCUCAGAGUGAAGCUCUCUGUCGCUCCAGACUCCAGCCAGAGAUGGAGGAACUGCACUCAGACCAACACGGAUACUCCCCAUCCCAGACAUAAGGAGGAAAAGUGCAUUGGGAACUUUAAAACUUCAGAGAAAAAGUCAAAAGUGUUAUUUAGGCGUUACCAUGGCGACCACCACAACCAGCAGGGCUGCCAGAGACAUUGUGUAGAUGAGAACUUGGAGAGACGAAACCAUUAUCUUGACCUAGCCGGCAUUGAAAACUACACAUCCCGAUUUGGAACAGCAGCUCCUGCCACAGAGCCAACAAAACCCAACCAAGCCACCCGGCCAUCCAAUCAAACACGCUGUCGUUCUCACGAACCCGAGAACGGCCAUGCUUACCCCGCUCACCAUCGGCGUUUACCGACUAUCUCAACGGAGAAUCCUGCCCUCCUCACCCGGCACACACACACAUUCCAUUCCCCCAAAUCACACCGUACCCCACCUGCUCAGGCCUCCGCUGGUCGUUUGAUGAAAAGAGGAGCACCCCCUCCCUCAGCAGUGCCCAGCCAGACCCCUCCACACCAAAGCUCAGGACCGUACCGACGACACAAACAGAGGCCUAAAGAAGGGCUCCACUAUCGGGCUAUGGGUCCGACUGUGACGUCCGGACCAGUAGUGGAGAAAGAACAUGUGAGGGAUCUGCCCAGUCUGAUGCUGUAUGAAGGAGGACUAGCUCAGGUGGUCCAGCGGCAUGAGCAUCAUCACCAUCAUGAACAUCAUCAUCACUACCAUCACUUCUAUCAGUCCUGAAGAGAUGAUCAGUCAAACAGUGUCACACAGGCACAUACUUACAGGAUAUUGAUAAGAAGAAACACAUGGAAUGGCCAACUUAAGGCUGAGAAGGACAGAAGGCAUCAUAAUAAUGCCGACAGACUGUGUAUGUCGGUAUGUGUGUGCAUCUGUAUAUAUAAAUGUGUGUGUGAAGAUUGUGUGUGAAGGUGGUAUGUAUGUUUGAGUAUGUGCUCACUCAUGUAUUCAGUCCUGUCUUUGAGAGCAGGGGCUUUGGACAGAUUUACAAACUAAGUAAGGGCUCUUUCUCUCUCUCUCUCUCUCUCUCUCUCUCUCACUUUUCCUGUCUCUUUGCAUCGCCCUCUCUCAAUGCUUAUCUGAAAAUCUGUAUGAAUGUCUCAAUGCCCACUGAGGUUGAAAUGGUGGUCAGUCGUGUUAAAUGAAGAACUCUGAGUUGUCAAACCACUUUUGAAGGAAUAC